AAAUAUGUAGAAAUGUCCUUUUAGUUUUAGGCUGCAAAGUUAAAGCUCAAUUCAUUUUUUUUUUCCAGAAAACAAGUGGAUCAAAACUACAGCAAAAAUUAAUAUUUUUGUCAACUUUGGCAUGGGUUUAAAAUGAUUUUCCUUCUAAUGCAAUAGAAACUUCGUAAGAAAACAAGUGGAUCAAAACUACAGCAAAAAUUAAUAUUUUUGUCAACUUUGGCAUGGGUUUAAAAUGAUUUUCCUUCUAAUGCAAUAGAAACUUCGUAAGAGAUAUUAAUUUCUUCGUUUAAACAACAAAAAUCUACAGAAGUGGAAGUUUCAACUUAAUUUACUACAAUGGAUAUUAUUCGAUCCAUAUUUUGUGGCCUGACAGAGAGAAUAAGCAAAACAAUUUCCAAGCAAAUUUCAUGCGACCUGUAUGCGACAGAAAUUUUCACCUUAGAAGAGAUGAAUUAUGUCCUUUCUGACCAAGUAGCUCAAGAAGUUGCAAGAAGAUUGGUUACAUCUAUUCUUAAUAAAGGAGAAGAGUCUUGUAGAUAUUUCCUACAGUCCCUUGAAAAUAAAGAUAGAUUUUUAUUUCACAGUCUCAUGGGAAAAAAUGUUUUUGGAACAGUAACAGAUGAGGAUUUGGAAGAUCUUGAACGUCUUUUAAAACGUUUGUAUAACAGCAAAUUCUUUCAGAAUAUAUUCCCACUUGGUAAAGAAAUUGACAUCAUAUUUGAUCUGGAAACAACUUUCACUGAUCCUUUACUGUGGAAAAAGGAUACUUUCAACCAGAGAAAGGAGCAAAUUACAUUGGAGGAUUUACUACACAGACUUGAAAGUCCAUGCAUCAUCGAGGGAGAAGCUGGCAAAGGGAAAACCACACUACUAAAGAGGAUUGCUUAUCUCUGGGCAUCUGGAAAGUGUGAAUCUCUUAAACAAUACAAGCUUGUUUUCUUUAUCACUUUGCGUAGUAUGAGUGUAAACCUUUAUGAGACAUUGUGUGACCAACUUUUUCCUGUUACUUCUAACUGGAACAAACAAGAGUUCAUGCAUAAAAUCUGGAACCUUGGCCCAAAUGUUUUAUUUUUAUUGGAUGGCUAUGAUGAAUUCAGCUGUGAGAACUGUGCAGAAGUGGAUGAUCUUAUAAAACAUAACUAUAAAUUUGGCAGCAUUGCCAUUGUUACCACAAGAACAGAAUCUCUCAAAGAAGUCAGACAUUGUGCUUCUCUGAUUGUGGAAACCAGUGAUUUUACCAUCGAAAGUGCAAAAAAACUUAUUUCAAAUGUCUUACAAGAAGAAGAAGCCACAGCUCUAUUGCAGCAGUUGGAUGAGACGGAUUUCAUGAAAAAUCUAAUGAAGACACCACUUUUUGUAGUCAUAGCUUGUGCUCUGCGAAUGGGGGAGUAUGAAUUUCACAUGAACACUCAAACAACUCUUUUCUGUACACUAUACAACUUGAUGAUUGAAAGGAGUCAUUCCAAGUUGAGAAAUGUAGAGAUGAGCAUCAUAGAACAAAAUAUUACCUUCUGUGGAAACCUGGCUCUUAAAGGACUGUUUGCCCACAAAUUUGAAUUUAGAAAAGAACAUUUGGGCAGUAUUGUAGAGGAUAUACUGCUUAAAAUUGGACUUUUAAAUAUGUAUGGGGCUCAAAAACCCAAGCCUAUAUACAGAUUUUUUCAUACAUCAUUCCAAGAAUACACUGCUGGAAAGAGACUUGCUCAGCUUUUGUCAUCGGAGGACACAUCCAGUGCUGAGCAAGGAGAAUGCUACCUAAACAAUAUACAGACAAUAAAUGAUGUCACUAAUAGGUACAAAAAUCUGCUCUUUUACACGUGUGGGUCAUCCAGAACUGCUACACAGAAAGUAAUAAAUCACAUUAGAAAUGUGUGCAAAGAUGACACAAGUGAUCAGAGGAGCACUGACUUUGUGGACUUUGGAAUUAACCUUUUUUAUGAAAGUGCAACCAAAACGGAACUGAGUAGGGAAUUUGAACUCCUCUUUUUUGGAAGAACAUUGCACAUUAACACAUAUAAUAUAGCUGCCCAUCAUGUUGAUUUUUUUGAAUACUUACCAAGCUGUUUAAGUGUCCUUCAACUAGUCAAGUUAGAUUUAUUUGGUUCACAUAGUGUUGCAUCAAAUAUAGAUAAAAAGGACAUCUCUAAUGAAGGAGGACUAAUGGAGAAUAAACCAAAGACAUACAUUUCUGAAAAGGUUGUCAAGUUGUUUUUUGAUUGGACCCAAGCUCUGCAGACUCUGGAGGUCACACUGAAAAACUUUGAUCAGGUUAAUAAGCAUGACAUAAAAUGCCUUGGAAGGAUAUGCUGCUGUGCUGAGCGUCUAAGGCUCAAUAUUAGCUGCAGCACAGGAAUCACUGGAAGCCUUGCAAAAAUUGUGGAAUACUGCAAAAGAAUGCAGGAUCUGAUUAUAGACCGUACCCCUCUGAGUACUGAUGAUGAGACAAGAAUUGUGGAAAUGACAAAUAUGAAAAUAUUAAGCAUUUCUAAUAUGGACCGACAACAAGAGGAUGGGGAUUUACUACAUGGCUUGUGCAAUCUUGUGGAAAUUGAAAAAUUAGUCCUGCACAAUAUACGCUUAAAUGAAAAAGAUGCUGAAAUUUUAGGCAGUAGCAUACAGUGUUUACGUGAACUAAGAAUUCUUCAGCUCUCAGAUGUUCCCAAUAUUUUCAAUGGACUUGAGCACAUAAUAGAUUCAUUUUCAAACAACUGCAACCAAAUAAAAGAGCUUUAUUUAAAUAACUGCUGUUUGACUGCAAAGGCUGUGAGAUUUCUGACACAAAAUAUGAAAAAUAUAAGAAACUUGGAAGUACUUGACCUCUCUGAUAACUAUUUGGAAGACAACGGAAAGCAAGCCUGCGAAGAAUUAGGAAUUGCCUUGACUCAGCUGCCAACAUUAACAACACUUAAGUUACCUGGAGGUUCAAAUAUAAAAGGCUGCCUGGAUAAACUGAUGUGUCAGCUUAAAGGAAUUCCAAGCCUGUCAAACCUUGCAUUUAAAAGGUGGAACAUGACUGAUGAAGAUGUGAAAAAAUUAGCAACUCAUUUGAAGGAAGAUUUUAAGAAGCUUUCAUUCUUGGACCUCUCAUGCAAUAAUAUUGGAAGUGAUGGUUGGAUUUCCUUGAUUGAAGCACUACAGAACCUGAAGAGCCUAAGACAUUUUGAUCUCAGCACAGAGGAUAUCUUCAUUCCAAUUGCACAUGUUGUGCAAAUCCUGUGUAGUGUGGUGGGAAAACUGCCACACUUAUCUUCACUUAACCUUAGUAACUGGGAACUGGAUAUUUUAGAUUUGUCCAAAAUGAAAAAUGCUAAAUUGAUAUGUAGAAAAGCAGAAGGCACAUACAAACACAUUUUCAAAGUUGAGAACAUUUGAAAAGGAAUUAUACCUUAAAGAAAUUUAACAGGACAUGAAAAUGAAAACAAGCUGUAGACUCAUCAUGAAUUCUGAGAACUGCCAUUUUAGAUUGCAUAACUGGGGACAAACUUUAAAUUGUAAAAUAUGUUUUUUGCAAGUUGCACGUAACAUAAACAGAAGUAACAUCUUGCCAGACUGCACCAACUGUCUUCAGAGCCUGUUCAGUGUCACAAUCCAGAACAUGAUUACACAGUACUUGAGCUUUGGGUAAUUAAUGUAACUGUAAUUGCAACCAUUAGUUUUCAUACAUUCUUAAAAUGGGUACCUUCUCUUUUAAAUUGUUUAUUUUUUUUUUUAACUUUACUCACUGGUUUGUACAGAGAUAGCUAUGGGUUAUCAUGUCAAGAAUCAAAUUUAAAGUAGUUCUAAAGCCAAAAAGUUUAUUUGCAUCAGCGAUGGUCUCUCCAGCCAUUGGCUACUGUUGCUGUCAAUAAAAUCCUGUGAGGAGGAAGCAAGGGUAGGGCCAGUCCUUACUGUGUGAGUCUAUGGACUUACAAAGCCUGGCUUGUUAGCACACAUGCCCUUAUGCUCCCAUAGCAAGUGGCAUGGUAUGGGGGCACACAGUGAAGAGGGAGAGCACUGGCAGGGGACCCCAGAAGAGGAGGUAAAAGCAGGUAAGUAUAUAGUAAACAUAUUUUUUUAUUUUAGAGAAAUAUUUCAGACUUUACAAUCACUUUAAAUUGUGAUCUCUAUUUAUUUUAACAUGUCACAUUCAAAACAGUGUGUCAUGAAGGGAUGAGUACAAUCCACAUGAGUAGAAAUUAGAUUAGGGAACAACCAUAUCAACACUGAAGCGUAGCAAAGCGAUCACAUCAAAGACAAUAAAUAUCAUCUGUGUUUGUUAGACAAGUGGUGUCCAAAUCAUAGAGUAAAUAAUUAAAGUAACUAUAAACAUAACCUGUUUUAGGGACACAAAUAUACCGAAGUCUGGCAGUAGGAUAGAAAAAGAAUACAGUGAAAUCCCCCCAGACCAGCAGUGGCAGGGACGGCAAAAAAUAGUGGGGUAGGUGUCAACCUAAAGAAAGAUUAAACAUGGGAUGUGUAGAGGUUUCGGUAAACCAUAAAAGUUACUAUUUUUUUUUAAUGUAUAGGUGUGUUUUUUCCUGCUGUUAAAGACACUUCAUAAACAAAUUGAUUUCCUUAAUUUGUUUUCUGUAUUGUUUAAUUGUAGCUGUUGCUUGUGAAACAGGUUACUAUGUAUUGGAUCAAUAUCUGUGUAUCACCAUCUACUAUAAAUCUAACACUAGAUGGCAGUAGAGAUCAGUAAAAGGACUAUGGCUUUUAUAAAUGUUGCCAGAGAAUACUGCUGAUCUUUCAUGCUUGUCAUUGCUGUAUGUUUGCUACAUGUGAUGCUGCAGCAUUUGGACUAUAUUUUUUUUUCUUCUUUUUUGUGCAUAGCCUAUAGGCAGCUUACAGCAGCUCUGUUUCAUUUGGAGCAGUUCCCAUAUCCACUAUAAAUGUGUUCUUAAUAUUUACAAGGAGAUUGUUGAUAGGAUUAUGGGUAUGACUGAGAUGUUUGUUGACAGCAUUGCACUGGAUGGCUAAUCCCGAGUCUGGAGGGGAGCCUGAACUAACUGGACUAAAGACUAAUUCCCAAACAGUAGCACAAGUAAACUUUGAGAGGCUUAUAGAUUUUAUGCUACUUAUUCAGAAUUAAAAUUCUUAAAAAAAACUUUGCUCUGCAUUAAUUUUACCUGCUUAACAGGAGGUGACAGUUUUCUUAAAUCAAAUUUUGCUGGACAUGUGAAAAGUAUGCUCUGAUCACCUUCAGUCUGUCAUACCAGACUAGCAUAACACACAAAGUGCUCAUUAUCCUAUUUAUUUUACAAUAAUA